AUGGGUCAGAAACAGGCUUUGAGGCCAUAUUUCUUAUUUAUGUUCUCGUUAGCACGCGCUUUGAUACACCCAGCUCUUUCGGUCACAGCAACAGCUCAUGAUGCCUUACAGCCCGGCCUUCCUGAGGAAACACCGGUCCCUGAUGCUGAUAUCGAAAAACUACGCAGACGAUCUGUGUAUUACGACUCGUACGGAGCUUCCGGGGGGUCUGUGACAGGUGGAAGCGCAACAACUACAUACACAUCUUGGGCAAGUGCCAGUGUGUGCGGCUUCGUGGACGGUGUCUUGGAUUAUUCUUCUGAGAUCGCAUGUUACGGUUAUACCCAAUGCGUGUUCCAUACUGCCAACAAUGCAUUUCCCGGUAUUGUGGGCUGCUGCGACAAUUCCUACUCCCAAAAAUGUCAAUUCGAAACCACAUGUUACGACAGAAACGAAGUGGCCGCAACUCCUACUCUUACGGAAGAGCCCUUUGCUAUUUUAUGCACAAGAUCAUCGGCUCCAUCUUGCAUGACGUGGACCUACCCCGAGCUCUCAAUCACAGACUACGGAUGCUCGGACAUCGUUACGAUUCAGACCUUAUACCUUGAGGCCGCCCCGUACUCGAACAACUUUCCGAAUCCCAGUAGCUUGAGUUACUUGAACGGAAUUCCAACCGUUGCCUCUGUAGUUGGAUCGGUGAUCGAUGAUGCCUUUGUCUCAGGCUACCUAUCUAACGCCGCGGCAGCUACAUCACAGAAUAAUAUGGACAAGUUUAUAUCGAGUGGCAUAACCUCCACUUUUCCCAACUCUGCUACUUCAACCGGAUCAUCCUCAGGAUCCGGAUCUGGUUCAGGUAGCUCAAGUUCACAUCACUCGAGUACUGGCGCCAUUGCUGGUGGUGUUGUGGGUGGAGCAGUGGGCCUAGCAGGUAUUGGGGCGGCAAUUUUCAUGUUUUUCCUAUUUCAAAAGAAGAAGAAGAACAAAAUGGACCCGGGUAUGGUAUAUCAAGCUGCUCCAGCAGAUAAUGCACCUACAGACAGCAUUGUUUCACCGACAACAAGUUCUCUUCCCCCUCCAUCGGAGGUUGAUGGCGCUUCAAUUCAAAGAUUUGCCCCGGCUGAGGUAUAUGGCACAGAACACAAGUUUCAUUCCGUUUUACCAGCCCAUGAAAUGGAUGCAACCCAUUUUAUUGCGGAGCUACCGACUCCACAAGCAGAAUCACGUCCUGUUUCUCACAUGUACCAAGGGAAGACAUCAUACUCAGGGGGAUCCAGGUGA